AUUAAUUUACUGAAUAAAUUUGCCAUUAAGGUGAAGACGAAACGGCGGCAAUAAUAAUCGAUAACUUUUAAAUAGAAUGGAUGAUGACAAUCAAUCUUCAUUGUUAACUCGAAAUUUUUUCCUAGUCAAUAUUCAUGGACAAAUCGAAAGCAGUUCGUUCAUUGGUCAUGAUUAUGAAAAUGUUUAUUGUAAAUGUUUAUUUCGUUAUGGACCUGAUUGGGCGUUGGUCAACAAUGCUAAUUUAACAACAUCCGAUAAACGUAACAAUAAUAAUAAUAAUAAUAACGACAAGGAUACGGUAUUCAUAUCACAAAUGGCUAACCGAAGACCUGAUCAACCUGGGGAGCUGCCAUUAUUUGUCUGGAAUCUACCAAUUGAAGCUACUUUUAAAAGUACGAAUGUAUUUGGAUGGCCACAAAUGAUUGUUAGCGUUUAUGGUAUGGAUAAUCUUGGCAAUGAUGUCAUUCGUGGUUAUGGAUGGACACAUUUACCUAUCCGACCAGGCGAACAUCGGCAACAAAUACGUCUGUUUACACCUCAAUCUACAACACUAUUGGCAAGGAUAGCGAAUUGGUUUGUUGAAUCACGUCGACCAGAGUUUAUUGACACACGAUUGGCAGCUGGGCAUGAAGGUAGACAAUUGGUGACAAUCGAAAAUCAGGGAGGUGAAGUGACCAUAUUAUUAAACGUCCUUUUCAAGGACUUCAAAAAGUAUGGAUUCAUUUCGAGAUAAUGAUCGUCA